GGGGAGUUUGGUGGCGACAAGGAUAACCCGGUCUUUAGUUUUUGUCUAAAUUUUUUGAUCCCCAGAAAAUAUAUUUUUGUUUCACUUUAAUAAUGAUGCUCUCUGGUAGGACGGAAGUGUGAAUAAAGCAUGCUCGUGUGCAUGGUGCUAAUGGUCUAGUCUCAGAUUCAAGAACUCUGUUUCUUGGUUUUUCAGCAGCAUCGAUCCACAGAGAGAGAGAGAGAGAGGGAGGGAGGGAGAAGAUGGAAGUUGGGUUCUUGGGACUGGGGAUAAUGGGGAAGGCCAUGGCGAUGAACCUGCUCAAGCACGGCUUCAAGGUCACUGUUUGGAACAGGACCCUCUCCAAGUGUGAUGAACUAGUGGAGCAUGGUGCUUCAGUUGGACAAACCCCAGCCGCAGUAGUCAAGAAGUGCAAGUAUACUAUUGCAAUGUUAUCUGACCCUUCAGCUGCUCUUUCGGUGGUUUUUGACAAAGACGGCGUUCUUGAGGAGAUCUGUACUGGAAAAGGUUACAUAGACAUGUCAACAGUUGAUGCCGAAACUUCUAUUAAGAUAAGCGAGGCCAUUCAAUCGAAGGGCGGUCAUUUCCUUGAAGGCCCUGUCUCGGGUAGUAAAAAGCCUGCCGAAGAUGGACAAUUAAUUAUACUUGCAGCUGGAGAAAAGGCAUUGUUUGAGGAAGCAAUUCCAGCUUUCGAUGUCAUGGGGAAGAAGUCUUUUUUCCUGGGUCCAGUUGGAAAUGGAGCUAAAAUGAAGCUUGUAGUGAACAUGAUAAUGGGCUGCAUGAUGAACGCAUUUUCAGAGGGACUUGAACUGGCCAGCCGAAGUGGAUUGGACCCUCAUACUCUUCUCGACGUACUGGAUCUCGGUGCAAUCGCUAACCCAAUGUUCAAACUUAAAGGACCCACUAUGAUAAAGAACAGUUACGCCCCAGCCUUUCCUCUGAAACAUCAGCAGAAGGACAUGAGGCUGGCUCUUGCUCUUGGGGAUGAAAAUGCCCUUUCAAUGCCAAUCGCAGCUGCUUCCAACGAGGCUUUCAAAAAGGCCAGGAGCCUGGGACUGGGUGAUUUAGACUUUUCUGCUGUUUUUGAGGCUGUGAAGUUGCUCAAACAUUCAUCAUGAUGCAAAAGGACAUGGUGAGACAUAGGUAUGCGUGAAAUCUUGGUCUGGUUUCUGGAAGAUGCAUCUUCAUUAUUGUCGGGUCGCGGAGAAUGAUGAUUGAUGCCAAAGAGAUGAAAUUUACUACUUGAGAAGCGGGAGUUUCUUGGUUCUCAAGUUGUUAGAGGUUUCAACCUAGACAUGCGACUGUAUUUCCUAUUGGGACGGAAUGCUAAACUGAUGUUUGAGACGCCAUUAAAUGCUAGUGGUUGCUUCAA